AUGUUUCUUGCGAAAACGUUGAAUCAAACGGGAGCCAAUUGGAAGAUUACCAUUCCCGAUGUGCAGAAAUUGAUCAUUGAACGAGAGGCCCCAAAACAGUCCUCAUGGCUUUCCCGUUUUGGUGAAAGCAAUCAACUCUUCAAGGCAAUCUUCAAAAGGUUCAAAGAUGACUCUGGGCUAAAGGCAAAGUACGGUUUUGGUGACUAUCAUAGCUACGAGACGAUCAUGAAAUAUCUGGAUGAUGUCGAGAGGGGAUAUCCAAACAUUGCGAAGACUUUCAUCGCUGGGAAAUCGGCUGAGGGAAGACCAUUGAAGGGGAUCAAGAUCGGUAACCCAAUCUCCUCCACAGACAAACGUGUGAUUUGGAUUGAUGGCGGGAUCCACGCAAGAGAAUGGGCAGCCGUUCACACAGCACUCUGGUUCAUUCAUCAGCUAAUCUCCACGUAUGAAAUCGACUCCACAACGCGUUCUUUCAUCGACUCGCUUUCUUUCUACAUCCUUCCACUCGCGAAUCCGGAUGGCUACGAGUUUUCGCGUGACGACAUCACUCCAUUGCAUCGUUUAUGGCGAAAGAAUCGCGGGGAUAUUCGGUGUAAACUCGAUUUGCGAUGGUUUCGCGAGCGCUGCUGUGGAGGCGUCGAUUUGAAUAGGAAUUUCGAUUUCCAUUGGGCUGAAACUGGCUCCUCAACCGAGCGAUGCUCUGAAGUUUUUCAAGGUGACACUGCUUUUAGUGAACCAGAAUCACGAGCCAUCCGCGACAUGCUGAUGUCACCAGAAUUGCACGGGAAAACAGACGCUUUCAUCACAUUGCACACGUAUGCACAGAUGUGGAUCCAUCCCUACAGUAAUCAGGAGAGAACCUAUCCAGAGGAUGUGCAAGAUUUGCGAGAAGUCGGUUUAAACGGAGUCGCAGCGUUGGAAAAAGACUAUGGAACGGCGUAUCGUUUUGGAACUGGAGCCGAUAUUUUGUACCCGUCAUCGGGCGGAUCGGACGACUGGGCGAAGGGAGUGGCCAAAGUGAAAUACGUUUACUUGUUGGAGUUGCGACCAGCUGAUGAAGUUUGGGACGGUUUCCUCCUCGAUCCACGUCAAUUGAUCCCUACCGGAAAAGAGACAUGGGAUGGGAUUAAGGUCGUCGUUCAAGCAGUACUCGAUCGCGCAAGAGCCAACAGACCUGAGCUUUCCCCAUCGAUCAUCACAACAACAACCACUCCACCGCCAACAACGACAACAGUACCAUGGUGGAAAACGAGCACAACACAAAAGACAACAACGAGAAGAGUAUUUACCCCUCGUCCAGUAGCCGUUGAUCAAUCGAUUGCAAACCUUCAACAAUGCGUUGAUCGUUCGCCGUGGUGCUCGGCGUGGUUACAAGGGAAUCCCGAUGUUUGUAGGAUCUCUUCGAUCUACAUGCGUCGUGAUUGCUCGCGAAGUUGUGGCUUUUGUCGAGCUCGUCAAAUUCGUUUUAUUCCAAAAGCACACGGACUCUCGAGUCGGGUUGUUCAGGGCGACUCUCACUCAACUCUUCACUCAUCCCUCUCCACCGAAAGAAAA